GUCAAUAUUCAUGUCUGGCAAGAUGGCCAAGAACCCACAUAUACACACAAGGAGAGAGGGGCACACGCACAUGCAUGAUAGACACACACACAUGGUGGGCGGUGCGUGUCUGUGGUGCAGGCAGGCAUGACAAAUACUACCGACGCAGCCUGCAAUACGUACGUACCGUGCACAGUCCCCCCCUCUCCUUGGUCUCUGUCUUUCCAUCUGUCCGUCUGUGCGUCUGUCUAUCUGUCUCUGUGUACGUCCCAUAUGUCGAAUGCCCUCAAGCUCAUCUCAACGCCGCCCUGCACAAUCCUCCGCUUCUUGGCCGCCCGCAUGCGCAUCGCACCGAACAGCUCGUCUCGUGCAUCGCCCCCGCACAGCAGCCAGGCGCGGCCCCCUCCCGCCCUCUCGCACACAAACGCCCUCAUCGCCUCCCACGACUCCCUGCCGUCACUGCUCAGCCGAAUGUCCCACGGCGGAUUGCUCACAAUCACGUCGGGCUUGUCGCGGUGCGGCAACUGCAGAUGGGCAAUGUCGUUGUGGGAAAAGUGGAUGUGGUCACUCACACCAGCCCGUCUCGCUGCGGGGCCAUCGCAAUGGCGCCCUCGUGCCGGUCGCUGCCGUAGAUAACGACAGGCGCCUCGGCCCCUUCUGCUGCUGCUAUGUCCCUCUCGCCCUCAACAGAUUUCCGCAACACCGACCGUCACACAAGCUCGUCGAAAUCAGGCCAGCGGCAGAAGGGAAAAGGCCGCACCACAGGCGACAUCAUGCCAUUGAUGACUCCCUCGCCAUCCGAAUCAUCCAAACAACCAUCCAGAUCGUCGCCAUAAUGGUCGUGCCGAUAGUCUUCGCCAAGAGGGGGCCUCGGUGGCGCGUCGUAAGUCCUAUGAAGGUGGGUGAGGAGGCUGACGGCCCGGCCCUCGGCGUCUGGGGCGACACGAGUCCCUUUGGUCCGAUAGGGAUCGACGUUCAUGUCUGCGAGGAAGGUCUCGAGGCGGACGACGCCGGGCAUUCGGCGGGUGGCCAUAAGGGCCGCCUCGAUGGGGAUCGUGCCGGAGCCGCACAUGGGGUCGAGGAUCACCUGGCGCGACUGCGGGUCCCACUGG